AAGAUGACAUCAAAGACCAGCAUGAAAAUGCGCUUGCAUCGAAAGUAGCAGAGAAUCUACAAAAAACAGAAGUGUUAUCAGGUCCAGAAUACACAGAAGAUGAGUUUAAAGACGAGCAUGAAAAUGCUCUUGCAUCAAAUGCAGCAGAGGGUUUACAAAAAAUGGAAGUCGUGUCAAGUCCGGAAUACAAAGAAGGGCCAAGUGAUCAUAAAAAGAGAAAAACUCAGAAGGAUGAAGAACAAAAUCAGACGAAUAGUUCAAAAAUAUUGGAACCAAUUGGUGACCAAAAGAGAAGACUUUCCAGUGAUGAUGUAUCUGCUGUUGAAAAAACAAAACGAAGGAAAACAGAUACCAGUACCAAUGUUGGAACAUCUAAAGAAACUGCAUCAGCAUCACCAGUGGAAGAUUCACAGUUGAAAAGGAUAGAUGCCAGUGUGUUAACAAAGAUUGUACAAGUAAUGAAAGGCGAAUCUAUAAUGGAUAAUUCAUUACGGAUAUGGGACUACGGAGGUCAACUAAUCUACCACAGUAUUCACAGG